CGCCUCCUCCUUCCUCCCUCCAUCAAACACAUACACACUCUCGACCACAGAUGAGGGGAUGAUCACUGGCGCCUACAGCCACCAUCUAAGGCAGAAUGAAGGACCACAGCUCCGGCAGAACUGCGGCAGGUGGAGCGGACUGACUCGGCUCCCACGACGGCUCCGCGUCAUCAUGAGCCCCGCGUACGAGACCCGCUCUGAAAACACGGCAAUGCUGGUCUUGAAUCACACCCACUGGAGGGCAGAGAGGUUCUCUAAAGAUGACAAGGAAACAUCCGCCUGAUACCCUGGCAUCAACUCUGUAUCAGGACAUUAAACCAUAUCCCACCACUGAACACUCGAUUUCUCUCCACUCUUCUCAGCAAUGCAGCUUGAAGAUGAUUGACAAGCCAGAAUUAAUCAACAAGAGACACUGCAGAAGCUUUGACUUCAUCGAGUCGUUGGAUGAACCACAGUCUCUCUCUUCAUCGGUGGAGUAUCCUUACAAGAGGCUUGAAUACCAGGCGCUCAACAAAGAUCAGGUGUGGAAUGGACUAGAUCAAGCUGGGCAUCUUCGCUUUUCAUCUCCAGAUCUGUUCAACACCAGACACUACCAGCAACACGCCGUCCCGGAUAGAAACAGCCACCUGACCUGGUCAGAUUCAAAAAACAGAAAAAGAUCGAAAAGUGCCCCGAGAAUCAAAUCCACUCUCACCCCAGUGCCCAUCUCAAUGUCUCCUCCAGGAACCAGCAAAGGGAGGGAAACGCCGCAUGCAGAUAGUUUGAGGACUUCAGACUCUCAGAGAGAGUCUUACACCACAAACAGGGCAUUUCUGAAUGAGGUCCAUCCGAUCAAGCUGCAGCCACACACGCCACUGUAUGUCUCAGACUGCUUUGAAGAGGAUAAACCGGAUAAACCGGCCAUGACGCCGCACGUCCGGUGCCGGGUGGAUAUUAAACCGGAUGCCGCUGUACUCCAGCACACUUCUCGACAGGUUCCCAGUGUUCGGCCGGAUCCUCUUUGGCAGAGGUACUCAACAGCCAGCAGCAGCAGAGGUCUGUACGUACCACGUCACCUAAUAUCCACACCAACUCCAAGCGAAUGCUACAGUGGAGACUUCAGGCAAGGAUCCCUCUACAGUACAAGCAUGUCCCCCAUCUCCUACCAGCAUCCAGACCUACAUAGAAUGCCAUCACCGACUGGGCCAUAUCUAACUCAAGAGCAAAGAGCCUACUCCAACCCCAACAUUCCCACCAAAUUCUUCUACUCUGAGGACCCAACACGUUUUCCACUACAACCCUAUUCUCGAGCUUACAUCCAGGAUGACCGCUCUAGUUUGACGAGUCAUGGAAGUACAAUGACUAGCCAGUACGAUCCAAGGACUCGAUGGGUGCACACCCUACCAGGGAGGCCGUAUUACAGAGAUGUUCUGAAUCGUGAUCCAGCAAGUUCCGUUUACAGUAGACCAUACUCUACAAGUGAGUCAGGGUCGUAUUUUUCUCAAACUCCGCUGUCAAGAUCGUACUUCGGGGAGGACCAGAGGUUCCAUCCAUGCCACCAAAGUACAUCACGGUUGUUUUAUUCCAAGCCGUACAGCGCUUACGAGGACCAAUUCCUCACAUCAAGGCUUUACCACACAGAGGGCCGUCGGCGUCCCCGCAUGUCGCAAGCCUUUUCAGAUGACUGGUAUCGCUCAAGUAUAUCUGGUUUCUCCAACCAGUCCUCUCAGCUGACACCACCAGGAUUACGGCAAGACCCAGGUCUUGCCCCCUGGUUUACCAACAAUUCAUUAGAGACCAAUAGACUUGGGGCAGAGUCUAGAAACUUCUCCAAGUCCUGGGAUAAUAUUCUCUAUCAAAGGCAUGACAGGGACCCUUCUGACCUGCGUGGGCGAAGCUAUGAGAACUUGUUCAAUCAAGCCAGGCAUGGAGCAUCAGACAUUCCUUCUGAACCCGUCAUCCUUAACCUCUCGAGUUCGCCGAAGCGUUACGCUGCCCUGUCACUCUCUGAAAACUCGCUAGAAAGGGCAGCCUGCAGUCCCUGGAAGAAUACAAAGAGCGGACAUUGGUUUGUGACUCCUGAGAUCACUAUCACUGACAAUGACCUGUGCGCAGGAAACAACAAGCGGCAUGACAUGCACUCGGUCAGCUGGGACACUUUGGAAGGUGAGAAGACUCCGAGAGUAACGGUUCAGAAUAAUUUGGCAGAUACGUCAAUGGAAAAGAAACACAACAACUUUUCCUUACAGCAGAGUCUAGAACAACUGGAUGAAUUGCUUGCUGACUUGGUUGUUGACUACAAGCCUCCGACUAGAAGGAAGUCAAAUGAGGACCUCUUGGAUCAGUUGAAAUACUUGAUCAAUGAUGACGCUAAAAAAGAAGGCUCCUCUGGAGUUGACAACCUCGGCUCUCUGAACACAGAGCUUCCGUCUUCUAAAUCAAGUCCAGACACAGUGAAAGAUCCUGACAGCGGGUGUGACGCUUUACAGAGAAGCACAGAAGAGUGUUCGCCGGACCACAGCACUGAUGAGGACGACACUUUGGUCUGCGCAAACAAGAACUGCAAGCGCUCAGAAAGCAUGUUCAACGCUUGCUUGUAUUUCAAAUCGUGCCACAGUUGCUACACCUUUUAUUGCUCGCGAAACUGCCGCCGAGAUGAUUGGGAGACCCAUAAAGAGACGUGCCUCUACGGCCGCGUGACCAGUGUGUGUCGACACGCGCUCAAGUUCUGCCGAGAGAACGCAGAGAUUCACAAGUCUUUUUCUCGAGUUGCAAAGUCUGGUUUCCUGUCCAGAGGAAGGGGAGUGCUCUUUCUCGGGUUUGCCAAUCCAGAGACAGCUGAUAAUUUCCUUCAGGUUGGGCUGGAAAGUCUUGUCAUGUCCCCGACGUAUCUGUCCCUGAGGGAGCUAGAUGGGUUCAAGGACAACCUGGGUGACUACUGCAAAGAGCUGCAGCAGGCAGGUAUCGAUUAUGACCCCAGUGAAUGUUUCCUUUUGAAUGUAUCUAUAGCUGUUGGUGAACUAGUGCCUAACAGACCUUCACCAAGGGUCCAAGCGCCAACAGUACGUAAAUAUGCAAAGGUGUCCCUGGCCUCCUCGAGCCCGGACAAAAGGGUGCUGAAGAAGGACACUGACAUGGAAACGCUCAUUCUUACUCCACCACCUGGCACGCCUGACAUCGACAAGGAAGGUGAGGAGGGAAGAAAAGCCAGAGAAGUGUGCUUUGUCAACAUCCAGCGUGAGCUCAGGACCAGGGGAGUCUUCCUUCGACAUGAGUACCCGAAGAUUUAUAACCAGCUGUGCGAGUUUGUGGAAAGCAACAAAAGGUUCACGCCGACCACUAUAUAUCCAAUAGACAAGAGAACAGGGAAGCAGUUCAUGUGCAUGAUCAUGGCCGCAUCUGAGCCAAGGACACUGGACUGGGUGGGAACGCCACAUCUCUUAGAUGAUAUUAUAUAGAACCGAAUGAUGUCAACUACUCCUACUACACAUACUUGUACAUACACGAUGUGAUAGCAUAUUAAUAUCUGUCUUUUUGGUAAUCUGUGCCCAAUCUUUAAUGCAUCCUUGAUUGUUUACUGGCUCUCCAUUGUGACACGUAGAAACACACGCGCAUUACAUUUACUGACGGACUUCUUCAAAAUAUCCAAAUGUAAUGUUAAGCUUACUUGAACGAUACAAACUCAGCGGAGCCUGCAUGUUUACAAGGCAAGAACACGACUUCUCUGGUGAUGAAGAUAUAAUCUUUCAUAGCAUUGCAAAAUGAAGCACACAUUAUUUAUUACCUGAUAUCAUGGCCUUCAGUCCAUAGGCACAGCGAAGUCCGGAUUUGUUUUUUCCCUGAAUAUGAUGCUUUAAUUUUGUUGUACCUUAUUUCAAUGGAAAUAAUGCCUCAAUUGUUUCUGAUAUUUUGUGUAUUAUUUCUCGGGCUUUGUGUAUUAUUUCUCAACUCUUACUGAAUAUUUAUGUUACAUAUAUAUGUAUAUUUUGUUAUUGGAUAGCUCAAGAAGAACAAUCAUACUGUUAUUCUACCCUACUUUUGAAAUUUAGCUCCUAAAUAAUUUGUAUCUUUUAUUAUAAAUAGCUUGGUUUAAAAGUGGCCUUUAUUUAAAACAAAAAACAAAACAAAAAAACAACAAAUAUAUAUAUAUAUAUGUUUGAGAAAAUGCAUUUGACACAGCAAUGUAUAUAUUUCCUGUUUCUUCAAGCUUGACUGGUCUUGGUAUAGUUUGGAAGCAACAUUGUAAAUUGCCAUUUUUAUUCGCUUAAAGCAUGUUGUUUAUAUUGAAGUAUUUUAUUAUUGAUGUUGCUAAAUUUAUUUUAUGAAAUACCAUUUUAUGCUUAGAGGUAUAAGAGUUUUAUUAUAUAUAUAUAGAGAGAUAUCUAUAUUAAAUAUUGAGUUAUUUCCAUACCAAGUAAUGCCACAGUAGAAUUUAAGAAUAUGCAAUAAAAGAGCAACCUUAAUUUCUACAUAGUGACACAUUAUUUUUUUGUAAUUCUAAAAUGAGUUAAUCUUUGGAGGCAAGCACUGCAAAGACUAUUUGCACUAAGUAAAUACAAAUCUACAAUGAAAGCAAAGCACUGAACCCAAACGUGAGGAUAUGCCCUGUUCCUGUUGUAUUGUAAUCUAAGGUUGCUCUUUUACAUAGUUACUAUACAUGGUAUAUCUUUGUGCGGACCUUCCUUGACUUUCUAUUUUGUGAUGUUUAUGGUCUACAUGAAAUUGAAAUAAAUGGAAUUUAACAGACAA